GGAGACAGAGACCGGAGGCUGAGGGGGGCCGAGUCGGGAGACCGAAGGCUCAAUAAACAAACGAGGAAAGGCGGCUGGAGGACAGACUCUGUUGAGUUGAGGAUGGACUCCUCGGAAAUGAAUUUAAGAGCAGCUUAGAGAGUCCCCGACAGGCUGGACCCGCCGGAGAUCAUGGAUUGGUGGGGCUAUUGGGGCCCCCGCUGGCUGCAGUAUCCGCAAGACGGUCGAGUGGAAGAGACCCCCGGAGCUGUCGAGGGGUUUGAGAUGGUGGAAAUGCAAGCAGAGGCUGAGGCUAAAACUAAUGAUGAAAGCGACACCCGCCGAGAACUGGCGCUUGUCCCAAGAGCUGAAACUCCCCUGACAGGCAGCGCUCUUAUUGGAGGAUUCCGCCCCAUUAUUCAAUGGAUUUGGGGGUUUUUGAGCUGUCUUUAUCAGAAAAGCCGUCGGCCCACGCCAGGCACGGUCGGGAUUCUCAAAGUGCCGGAGAUGGCUGACGGCGGAUGGCUGGAGGAUUUGCUGACAUCUUCCGAGUUCACGGAGCACGUGGCCGACGUUAAGAGGUUCUGCGUCUCCGAAGAGGGACCGAGAGAUCUGGAUUCCGCCCUGUCCUGUCUGGUUAUGGUUCAGCCAAUAGGAUCCAGCGAUUACCAGAGAGAUCAUUUGGAUCUCAUGGAAGGAAAAGACUUAACUCUUCUUCAGGCGGAUAGGGCUGACUCGGAGGAAACGGGAUCUCCAAAGAGACGACGAUAUGAAGAAGAGACUCCUGAGGUUGGCGGUCGGCUGGUGAUUUUUACAAGAGAUGAAAUGAAGCUUCAUAAAGAAAUCCCGGACGUUCUUCACCAGACAGCGGAGAAGCUGCGAGCGAUAAAAGAAACCAUGGCGGCCGGUUUAGAGUCAUGGAAUUUCAUCACUAAAUACUGGAGGGGGGCACAGAAGCAUAAGGUGGGCAUCUUUUCAAGGUCAGCCGAGGAAGAUUAUAAAUGGUUAAACAGCCGACUGAAAUCCGCGCUUUUCCAAGAUGUGGUGGAAAGUACCGAGUCCUGUUACAUCUCUAAUAACGGGGGUCCGCGCUUCAGAGACGCCGUCUCCCGAUGCAGCUUCGCCAUCCUCUAUCACACCAAGAACCGCGGGAGGAUUAAUGUGACCGAUGUGGAGGACUCGCUGUACGACCGGGAGCUGCAGCAUCUUCACAAUCACCUCGGGAAGGAGAAAGUUAUCGUGGUGAUUGACGACCUCCAGGACUCGAGCCCCCACGAGAAGAACCGGAUCUCGGAAAAUCAGCCCAGCAUCGGGAGACUGGCCGCCGAGCUCGUCCUCUUCCACAAGCAAGAAAAAACAUUUUGGGAUAAAGCGCAGACAAUAAAGGAGUCGACCCAAGGAAAGCAGAGUGCUGCUGAACAAAAGAUGGCCGACAGCCCAGUGUAGAGCACAGGAGGAAUCCGUACAAAAAUAGAGAAAAUCUGAAAAUUUCCAUGAAAAUAAGAAAAUAUUUCUUCUCUACUUUUUUUUCUUUUAUCAGGAAUUUUAAGUAUUUAAACAUAU